CCAAUUCCCUCCAGCUCAGGCUGCACGUCCUUCUAUUCCUAAAUCCAGUUCAGCUGCUGCUGCCGUGUUUUGACCCGCUGCUGGGACCUCGGGCAUCAGUCUAGGAGCCUGUAAUUUCCCUGAGCCGGCGGGAGAGUCUGUCUGCGGUCUCCGGGAUCUGUAAGUCUUUGGGAUCAGCCCACAGUGUCUUCUGGGCUUCGCUGGUACAGAUUCGGAAUCUACUUGCAGCUCUGACAUCUCGGACAUCUGCCCGUGAUCGCUACCAUCUUUCUGCGGCUUUGGGAUCUUGGAGACGGCGGUCUGGUGGAUCUUUUGCAGGCUAGAAGCUUUAGUUGCUGCUGGCUGCUUUUUCUACUCUCUCACCCCGGAGGCCAAGCCUUGUGCCCGAGAUGGCAGCCACCCUGCUCAUGGCUGGAUCCCAGAUCACUCAAUGCCUCUACUUCCUCAAAAUUUCUAACCAUGUCUCUAAUUUCAAGAAGAAAAACUGGUACUAGCUUCUUAGAUAUGGAAUAGUAAAGAAGCAUUGUGUGAUUUCAGACACCUGUGACAUUUGAAGACAUGGCCAUGUACCUAACUCGGGAAGAAUGGAGACCUCUGGACCCUACCCAAAGGGAUCUUUACCGAGAUGUUAUGCAGGAGAAUUAUGGAAAUGUUGUCUCACUAGAUUUUGAGAUCAGGAGUGAGAAUGAUGUGAACCCAAAGCAAGAGAUAGGUGAAGAGGUUGAAUUUGGAACCACAUCUGAUGAAAGACCUGUUGCGAGUGGGGAGGAAAAUCCCGAAGGUGAAGAGGCCUUGGUUGGUGGUGACAGGUCGGAAAGACAAUGGGGCGAUCUGACAGCAGAAGAGUGGGUAAGCUAUCCUCUCCAACAAGUCACCGACCUGCUUGUCCACAAAGAAGUGCAUCCGGGCAUCCAGUAUCACAUCUGUUCUCACUGUGGAAAGGCCUUCAGUCAGAUCUCAGACCUUAAUCGACACCAGAAAACCCACACAGGAGACAGGCCCUAUAAGUGUUAUGAGUGUGGGAAAGGCUUCAGCCGUAGCUCUCACCUCAUUCAGCAUCAGAGGACUCACACUGGGGAGAGGCCCUAUGACUGCAACGAGUGUGGGAAAAGUUUCGGGAGGAGCUCUCACCUCAUUCAGCACCAGACAAUCCACACCGGUGAGAAGCCUCACAAGUGUAACGAGUGUGGGAAAAGCUUCUGCCGGCUGUCUCACCUCAUUCAGCACCAAAGGACCCACAGUGGGGAGAAACCUUACGAGUGUGAAGAGUGCGGGAAAAGCUUCAGCCGGAGCUCUCACCUUGCCCAGCAUCAGAGGACCCACACCGGGGAGAAGCCGUAUGAGUGUAAUGAGUGUGGACGCGGGUUCAGCGAGAGAUCUGAUCUCAUCAAACACUACCGGGUCCACACGGGCGAGAGGCCCUACAAGUGUGAUGAAUGUGGGAAGAACUUCAGCCAGAACUCGGACCUCGUCCGGCACCGCAGGGCCCACACCGGGGAAAAGCCAUACCACUGUAACGAGUGUGGAGAGAACUUCAGUCGCAUCUCCCACUUGGUUCAGCACCAGAGGACCCACACGGGAGAGAAGCCAUAUGAAUGCAACGCCUGUGGGAAAAGCUUCAGCCGCAGCUCUCAUCUGAUCACACACCAGAAAAUCCACACCGGCGAGAAACCCUACGAAUGUAACGAGUGUUGGCGGAGCUUUGGUGAAAGGUCAGAUCUAAUUAAGCACCAGAGAACACACACGGGAGAGAAACCCUAUGAGUGUGUGCAGUGUGGGAAAGGGUUUACCCAGAGCUCCAACCUCAUCACACACCAAAGGGUUCACACCGGAGAGAAGCCUUAUGAAUGUACCGAGUGUGAGAAGAGUUUCAGCCGGAGCUCAGCACUUAUUAAACAUAAGAGAGUUCAUACCGACUAAGUUCUGCCGUUGUGACUGAAAAAAAAAAAAAGAUUCAUUUGAAGAUACAGUUCCAUUUGAUAUCAGUCAACUCCCUUAAGGUGGAGUUUCAUUUCAACCUACUGACUUUCUUGGUUGUGGGCCACAAUUGAAAAAUCAAAGAAGACAACCCUUUAAAAAUUCUGACCCACAGCUUGGGGAAAAUAGUGGGUUUUAUUCACUCAAUAUUAAUGGAUUGUUUCAUCAAACAUCAGCCCCCCACAUAGCGGGAAACCCGAAAACAGAUGCUAGUGGAUGCUUAGACCUGGAGAUGGAGUAAAUCCUUAAAAGUUAUUUAUCCCAUCUUUGCCCUGUCCCCCCCCCCCCAACCAAACCCUAAAAACCUCUGCAAGGGGAGAUGUGAGACUGUAAUAGGGUGGUCACAGCUGCUUCAGCAAAAGGCAAGCAGACUUGGCCAGAAUUGCCACAUCUGUUGACACACAGUGUAGUAGAUGGGCAUACAUGCCUUCUUUCACAGCGUUUAAUCCUUUGCUUUGAUCAUACAUUUCUAUCUUUGUAUCUUCUUUAGAGCCGGAUUCUGCGCAAGGAAGGCAGUGAUCAUAACGUUUCCCCUUUUCUUCAUUUCUCAUUGGUUUGUGUAAAGUUUGUAUCUUUGUGAGAGCUAACCGAAGAUACAUUAUCAAAGGAAAAAUGAGAGGUUUGAGGACCAAGGGCCUGUUGACGGUAGUGACUUUAGCAAGAGAUACCUUCAGUCAGGUUUAUGAAUUUUCUUUUGAGAAUCAUAGAAGGGAACAUUUUAGGGGAAAUACCUACAAGGAAAGCUAGGACCCUAUUCCAUGGUGGAAUGGAAGGAUAAAGUGAAAUUGGCUACUUCAGCGAAGGGAGCACAGGUUCCUUCCCCAGAAAAGCUGGUCAUUUCUGUGUCCCUUUUCCUCUCAUCUUUUAAGAUCCAUUCUCCCUGUACUGUUAUCUAGGGUUGGGUAGGACCAUGUCCAUGUUUAUAUUAGCUUGCAUAAUGGCAUGUAUAUGUACAGUGAAAUGUGGGUUUUUUUUAAAUAACUGAAUUUACAAGAAUUAGCAUGUUCUUGGGUGAUGUGGAUCAUGUGACAGAACUACAGACAUAACUCCAAUGUGAGAAAUGUCCUUUUAUUUUUUUGUUCAUUAUGGAAAAAAUAUUUAAAACACUAGUGCUUGAGCGUGCACUCUCCUGUAAGGUUUGUCUUUGUACAGAACUAAGCACUUGUAUGUAUUGUGAGAGAAUGACAGGACAAGUCGAUUGCCCUCUUCUCAAAUGGAAAGUACUUUCUAUGGCGAUGAGAUACUCUUGGUCUAGUUAGAAGGAAUGAAUAAACCUAGGUAGAAAUGUAUUCUCAUCCUCCCAGUUGCAGAUAGACAUGCUUGAAGUAAGAGUUGACCCACUUUAGCCAGUAGUGUUGGUUUUUCUCUCAGCCCAAGUAGGAAUUAAGAAAUAUCCUAAGCUGAGCACUGGUGGCUCAUGCCUGUAAUCCUAGCUAUUCAGGAGGCUGAAAUCUAAGGAUCGCAGUUCCAAACCAGCCCAGGCAAGAAAGUCUGUGAGACUAAUAUUUCCAAAAAGAAGGAGUGGAACUAUAAUUCAAGUGGUUUAGUGCUAGCCUUGAGCAAGAAAGCUGAGCAAGAACACCAGGCCCUAAAUUCAAGCCCAGUACACACACACACACACACACACACACACACACACACACACACUACACGUAUACACAUAUGCAUAUAUUUUUCUUCCAUCCCAAAGAUCGAUGCUUAGCCAUGCCUCUGGGUAUGGCAGGGACUUGGUGCUCAGGUGCUGGGAUUGGAGUAAGCAAUAUAUUUUAUUUUGAAAGUGCCCCAGUGUGUUUCUACUGUGCUUUGUUGUGAAUGUUGUCAGUUUUAAAGAAUGUUUGUGCCAUGUUGUGACCUGGUAUUAAAGGAGCAAGAUAUUCAUUACAGUGAGUUGUGACCCACAGCUGGGGAAGACUGACACUUGCAAAUGUCAAACCUCAGAAGUAGCAAAAGAAAAACCACUGGGGAUGGGGUGUCUUUAAGUGGCCACUCUUAUUUAAAUACAAACUUGGGGCAAAAAG